CGCUGCGGUGAUCACGUGACAGGGGCGGAAACUGACUCAUAGUCCACGCUGAAUCUCCCGCGAACGCAGCCAUUUACUCUUUCCUCUCUUCGUAGUGAUACCGAAAAAUCGCAACCACGGCGGACUCAAUGGCACAGUGUGUACCGGUGGCGGUGUUUAAGCUGGUGUUAGUAGGAGAUGGAGGCACCGGUAAAACGACUUUUGUGAAACGGCACAUCACAGGAGAGUUUGAGAAGAAAUAUGUUGCUACUCUGGGAGUAGAGGUGCAUCCAUUGAUGUUCCACACAAAUAGAGGAGCCAUCAAGUACAAUGUGUGGGACACAGCUGGUCAGGAGAAGUUUGGAGGUCUGAGAGAUGGCUACUACAUUCAAGCUCAGUGUGCUAUCAUCAUGUUUGAUGUCACUUCACGAGUCACUUAUAAGAACGUACCCAACUGGCAUCGUGAUCUGGUCCGUGUCUGUGAGAACAUUCCCAUUGUCCUCUGUGGCAACAAGGUGGACAUCAAAGACAGGAAAGUCAAAGCAAAGAGCAUUGUGUUUCACCGCAAGAAGAACCUGCAGUACUAUGACAUUUCCGCCAAGAGUAACUACAACUUUGAGAAGCCUUUCCUGUGGUUAGCAAGGAAGUUGAUUGGUGAUCCCAACCUGGAAUUUGUGGCAAUGCCUGCUCUCGCUCCCCCAGAGGUCCUAAUGGACCCAAGCCUUGCUGCUAAGUAUGAGGAAGAACUUCAAGUUGCAUCAAAUACAGCACUCCCAGAUGAAGAAGAUGACCUCUAACCUGCUCCCUGAUUCACCCCUUUCCCACCCCCUGCUGUGGACAGAAGUUGUUGGAGUUUUGCCCCUUUACUGUAAUAUCCCUUUUCAGAAUUUUUUAUUUUUGAUUUUGUUUUUGUUUUAAAUAAGAAAACUUGGUGGAAAAAGUUGUGGUUCUAAUUUCACUGUAUAAGACACCUCCACCCUAGUGUUGUCGUUGGCAUGCCAACGUGCUACUCCUCAUCUUCGAGCACCCUCCACUGCACUUACCCAGCUCUCAUUAUGCUGUUGUAUGGUGUACUGGAAGCACUAAGGGGAAUAAACUUUGAAUAAAAACAUUCUCAAUUAA